AUGCUAAGAAAAAAGAGACAACUGAGAACCGCGCGCGCGAGAGAGAGAGAGAGAGAGAGAGAGAGAGAGAGCUACACCACACUUGAUAUGACACAUGACCAUCAUUCAUCUCAACACAUAAUGAGUGGAAGUAGCUCCCCAGACUACAAGGCGCUUUUCCUCAGAGAGGCCUCACUGAGACGGCAGGCAGAGGAACGAGAAAGGCAAGAGAGGGCACACACCCGACCGACAACGUUUCCAGAGCUCAUCCAACAUUGCCAUGAUCUUCUUUGGACGCCGAUCCAAGCCCAAACACCAUCGCGCUCCACGACUGGCAAAAUCCCUGCUCCUAUCGGCAAACACUGUCCCGUACAACUACUUCCGUGGAAUGAAUGUGAGACCAGACAGCGAGAGAUCUACAGAUCUGUCUGCCGCUACCUGCAACCAGCAGGAGUAGAUGCACCGCAAUUAUUCACGUCACUUAAUGCCUUAGAAGAAUAUGGUCGACGCGUCGCACUUCGACCGAUUAGCAGCGAACUAGACCUCCAGAAAUACGAGAGAUUCGCCGUCGAAGACUAUGUGUACUACAUAUUUGCCGAGUUGUGCAAAAUUUCCGAGGCUCGCGAGGAGUUUCGGUUAGGCAACGGAGUGUGGUUCGAUAAUCACACCAACGCUCUGGAUCAAGAUGACGAAGCCGAUGCUAGCCUGCCCUCAAACAUCAAGCCUCCGAAGCCGGAUCAAUCUUGCAUUCAUCGAAUAGAUGGCAAUAGGAGUACUUUGCUCACCACAAUUGAAUGUAAACCCCCCCACAAGCUCACCGUGGCCAGCCUGCAGAAGGGACUCCGACCUAUGGACUUUUGGCGAGAAGUUGUACUACCUGAUCGCGUUCCGACGGAAGAGCCCGAGAAAUCAAGAUAUCAUGCCGAGCGGCUCGUCGGAUCAGCCAUCGUACAAGAAUUUCAUGUGAUGAUCCAAGAAGGUCUAGAGUAUUCAUAUUUGACGAAUGGCUUGAUGGAUGUGCAACUCUGGGUGCCCUACGACGACCCAUCCACCCUUUAUUACCACCUGGGCGAUCCCGGCCUAUACAAGAUGGCGGGUAUGGCAGAGCCCGAAAUACCGAGGACUAGAAUCGAGAGGGCCCUAUGCCUCUACAGGCUACCAAAAUGGCAUUCGAUUUUUGAUAGCGAUCGCGCUCAGACCGUAGUAAUGGACUUACCACGGGAUCUGGGAGGGGGUGAUGCCAACCCUGAAUCCACGAGUCCUGAGCAGUCAAAAUCCGAGUACCUCACAUCCUCAUCUCCCACUACCAGCGGCCCUCGAAUGACCAUCCGAGCGGCCGAUAGUUGCGCGCCACUAUCCAAUGCCCAUCAGCACGAGAGCUCUUCAGAUUCCGAGGCUGACCCUACCGCAUCGGCAGGACGGAAGCGGGGGUACAGUCAGAUCAAAUCCUCUCCUCCAACCCAACGGUCCGCCCCGCCAGCAGAUCGCCAAGGAAACCAGAAGGGGCAUUCUCGCUCCCACGAUGCGCCAUAUUGCACACAAAAGUGUCUUCUCGGGCUAGCGCAAGGUGGAACUCUUGACCCUGGCUGCCCCAACACGAAGUUGCAUAUGCUGGGUGGAAAAUCAGACUGCCAUUUGGUCAGUAUACCUGACUUGGUCAAAGGGCUCAAGGUGCAGCUCGAUCUGGACCUGGAUCAUAACUGCACUCCGAUCGGCCCUUGUGGGUCCUCCGGCGCACCAUUCAAGAUUACGUGUGCCACCUUCGGAUACACAGUCAUCGGGAAGGGAACGACUUCGAAACUCUGGGGUGAGGUUUCGCCCGAAGCUGACAUCUAUCGGGUCCUCCAGCGUGUUCAAGGAUCGGCUAUUCCCGUCUUUCUCGGCGCGAUCAAUUUUGCCCAGACUUACUUCCUCCACGGCGCAGGAAGGAUCCGCCAUAUGCUUCUCAUGGGCUGGGCUGGGGAGAGUGUGGGCCAUAGUACUUUGAACAAGACCAUUCAGGACGCGAUUUCUCGGUCCGUGAAGGAGAUUCGUCGUUGCGGCGUUGUCCAUCAGGAUCUUCGCCCGGAAAACAUCAUGUGGAAUACUGAGCUCGAGCGAGCCCUUAUCAUUGACUUCCAUUUGUGCACUUUAGACCGUCGACCGCGGCCAAAACGGCCAGGUGCUCUUGAACGAUCACGGUGUUGUCCUAAAGAACGUCACUCCAAGAGGGGGCGGUUGGCAUGA